GAAGAAGCAGAAGAAGAGGAAGAAGAAGCAGAAGAAGAAGAGGAAGAAGAGGAAGCAGCAGAAGAAGAGGAAGAAGCGGCGUGUGGCGCAGUCCGUGGUUGGGGUCCGGAGCCGCACUCUUGUGAGGGGGCUGGGCAGCUCGGAUCGAACUGCGCCGACAGCGGCACUCGGGGUUUCUUCCGAACCGGAUCAAGUCGCGCGCCGUCAUGUCGGGGGCCGGUGUGUGGACACGUGGCCGCGAGAAGAUGCGACGCUUCCCCGCCUGCUUUGCACGGUGUGCCGGAGAGGCAGCGGCCUACGGAAGAUGUGUGACGGCAACCACCACAGGCAGGCACGAGCUGAAGAAGGACUCGUGUGCCAGAGAGUUUGAGGCGUUGAAGAUCUGCUUCACAAAUGCUGCCAAGAAAGGAGCAAACUAGUUCUCAUUCUAUGAAUGAAGCCCUUCUGCACCCGUUUUCAGCCGAGACCUCAAAGCAUCCACACCAGCUGCAACAUCUGCUGCAGCUGCUGGGAGGAGUAGCCCUGCGUUCUGCUCGUGGGUGUCAUGAACUGAAUGUGAUGAAUCGUUUUUAUCAUGAAGUGGAGGGGAAGAGAGACUACUCAGUGCUUCGUUGUCCUGAGGAUAUUUCUAUAUUGUGUUCUGUACAGAUAAGACAGCACCUUAUUUAUUGUGAAUUUAAUUACUAAGGACAUUGUCUGUAAUGACAGCAGUAAACACGAGUACUGACAGGGUGAUGAUGUCCUCUGCUUCUGUUCGUUUUUUCACUUUAAAAGCAAACGUCAUGGCAUUCCCUGUUUUCAGGAAACCGGUCAGAAUAAGAGCUUCCUGUCCUAUGACAUGAGCCAACAUCUUCUCUGUUGAAGAUCCGAUAGGAAAUGAAUCUUAAGGAGUCAGAAAUUAACAGAGUACAAGAUAUUAAAAUAUUCUCAUUCAUCCUCAUUCAUUCAAAUCCAGGACCAGGUUUUGGAAUUGUUUCGCAGAAAAUUGGGAGCGGCACGUGGGAAACAAAAAAUAAAUAAUGACACCACAGCUUUACAUUAAAUAUCACUUCUAAAGCUGCUCUAUAUAUAUAUAUAUAUAUAUAUAUAUAUAUAUAUAUAUAUAGUCCCCCCCCGGAACCUGUCAGUGGUGUUGAUAGAAGUGCUCAACAAACGAGGAGCGGAAUAUCAAUAUAGAUGUAGGAAAAAGAAACUUAACUACAUAGUAAUACAGGCUUGUUGGUUGUCUCCUAUACAUAGGAGACAACCAAACAACCACUACACAAACGGAUGGCCCAACACAGAAGGCCACACUCCUCAGGACAAGACUCAGCAGUCUAUCUACACCUAGAGGAGAAGACCCAC